UAGUAAUAAUUGUAAUUUAAAAGGGACCUUGACCCGCGCUGUGAGUCAUUCUUGGCUGUCCAUCGAAAUUGAACGCAGCAAGUGUGAUAGGUACCUUUUCACUGGCGGUUUAUUUAGUAGUUUCAUAUUGUGUUGAAUUUUAGAUUUAUUAAGGGAUCUUAGAUAUAAUUUAGUUUUAUUUAUAUAUAUACAUUUAGUUAAAUGUUUUUAACGCUUAUCUAUGUAUUUAAAUUUCAGACCGAAAAAUGGAGCUACAAAAAAAAACUGUGUUCAGUCAUAUUUGACGAAAUGUCUUUAGAGGCUGGCUUGUCUUAUGACAAAAACAAAGAUAAAAUUAAUGGGUUAGUAGAGCUUGGCGAGAGAAAAAAUGAUUUCGCUGAUCAUGCCCUCGUGUUUAUGUUGAGAGGAGCUGUCCACAAGUGGCAGCAGCCAAUAGCCUUUUAUUUUUGCCAAGGCGCUACUAAAGGCACAGAAUUAAAAAGUAUACUCGUGGAUAUUAUCACAGCGGUUGUAGGAUGCGGGUUAAAGCCGAUAUCCCUUAUUUGCGACCAAGGGUCAGCUUUCCAAGCGGCUCUAAAUUGCCUGAAGGCUGACACAGCGCGUGACCAAUUACUGACAAAUCAGGAACCAGAUGGCACAGUAACAAUAAACGAAGUCAAACUGAUGGUUAUAUUCGACCCUCCUCAUCUUAUUAAAGGAUUGAGAAAUAAUUUUUUGAAUAAAGACAUUUCCUUUGAAGGAAAAUUAUCCACAUGGAGAGACAUCGUGGAUGUAUACGAAACGGACUGCAAUAAUAUGGAAACAAGAAUGCUGCAUAAGUUAAAUGACCAGCAUGUGAUACCUGAAAAAAUUAAAAAGAUGAAGGUCAAGAACUGUGUAAAAGUAUUUAGUUACACACUGUCUUCGGCUCUAUCUUACACAGCCAACUUCUCUCACUAUGCGGACGGCAGACCUGUGAGUGAAACAUUAAGAAACACUGCUGAAACAGUUUUGUUCUUUGAUAAAUUGUUUGAUAGCAUCAACGGAUCAGCAACCUAUUCACAAAAGAAAGGAAAAGAGCUACGCUGUGCAGUGACAGAAAAAUCUAAGCACCAUGAAUUUUGGCCGGAGAGCAUCGAGAAACUGGAAAAAAUUAAAUAUGUAGAUUCCAAGGGAAAUCCGAAAUCCGUGCCUUCCUUAAAAAACUUUAUUGCCACGGUAAAAACAUUCAUGAAGCUGUGGCAGUUUUUUAAGAGCAAAAAUAUGACAAUAAUGCGCCCAAGGUUCUUCAAUUCAGAUCCAAUUGAAAACUUCUUUGGCCAAGUCAGGGCCUAUAAUUAUAGGAACAACGACCCCAACUGCCACAGUUUCAAGAACACCUUUAAAUCAUUAUUGAUUACUAGAAUGAUAAAGUUUCAUGGUGACGCUUAUAAUUGUGAGGAUGACUCGGCAGACCAAAUAAUUAAUUUAAAAUCAUUAUUUGAAGAUAGUGAAACUGCUAGGGUCGAGCCGGGUCGCGAAUUUACAAAGCCUAUACUGAUAAGGUCCAGAUGCGAACUGAACUGGAUUAGCUUUUGUUUGGACAAAACUUGA